UAUCAUCUUUUCUAACUGACUCCAUGUAACACUCGCCGGAUCCGUUUCCUCCAUCGCUCCUCUCCUUCGCUCACACACGCUGUUCUACUUUUGGCCAUGGCGAACGCUUCUGAAGCCCAGAUCGACGGGAGCACUCUGGUGGCUCUCUCCUUGGCUCGAGCUGGCGUGCAGGUCAUGUUCGGGGUUGUGGGGAUCCCCGUCACCUCGGUCGCAACCCGCGCCGUCGCCUCAGGCGUCCGCUUCAUCGCCUUCCACAACGAGCAGUCAGCCGGGUACGCCGCCACCGCCUACGGCUAUCUUACCGGCCGACCGGGCGUGUUCCUCACUGUCUCUGGUCCAGGAUGUGUACACGGCCUCGCUGGGCUCGCCAACGCCGGCGCCAACACUUGGCCGGCCGUCAUGAUCUCCGGAUCUUGCGACCAGGCCGACGCGGGAAGGGGGGAUUUCCAGGAACUCGAUCAGAUGGAGGCUGUCAAGCCCUUCGUCAAGUUCUCCGCCAAGGCCAUGAAUAUCUCGCAGAUCCCUCGAAUGGUGUUCGAAGUGCUGAGCCACGCCGUCGCCGGGCGUCCGGGAGGAUGCUACUUAGACCUUCCGUCCGACGUCCUCCAUCAGACGAUUACGGAUUUUGAGGCCGAAAAGUUGUUGUCCGGGGCCGAAAACCCUAGAAUUGAGAAAUUUGGGGGCGAAGAACCCCUAGAUAUAGAAAAGGCAGUGUCUUUGUUGAGAACCGCCGAGAGGCCGUUGGUAGUGUUUGGGAAAGGCGCUGCUUUUGCACGAGCAGAGGAGCCACUGAGAAAGCUAAUUGAGAUUACUGGAAUCCCCUUCCUUCCUACUCCGAUGGGAAAGGGAUUGGUGCCGGAUACUCAUGAACUCGCGGCUACAGCUGCACGAUCUCUUGCUAUUGGCCGCUGCGAUGUCGCCCUCGUCGUGGGCGCCCGUCUCAACUGGCUGCUCCACUUCGGAGAGUCACCAAAAUGGUCGCAAGAUGUGAAAUUCAUCCUUGUGGAUGUCUCCAAAGAAGAGAUUGAGCUCCGAAAACCUCAUCUUGGUUUAGUUGGUGAUGCCAAGAAAGUUCUUGAACAGAUCAACAAAGAGAUUAAGGAUCAGCCUUUCUGUUUGGGGAAAACUCAUCCUUGGGUGGAGGCCAUUUGGAAGAAGGGAAGGGAAAAUGUGGCCAAGAUGGAAAUUCAGCUGGCAAAGGAUGUGGUACCCUUCAAUUUCUUCACUCCAAUGCGGAUCAUAAGGGAUGCAAUUCUCGCACAGGGCAGCCCUGCUCCGAUAUUGGUGUCAGAGGGUGCUAAUACCAUGGAUGUGGGAAGAUCUGUGUUGAUUCAGAAUGAGCCUCGGACGAGAUUAGAUGCUGGAACAUGGGGGACGAUGGGAGUAGGGCUGGGAUAUUGCAUUGCAGCUGCAGUGGCCGCACCUGAAAGAUUGGUGGUUGCUGUUGAAGGGGACUCAGGAUUUGGAUUCAGUGCCAUGGAAGUUGAGACAUUAGUGAGAUAUCAAUUGCCAGUUACCGUGAUUGUGUUCAACAACGGUGGUGUAUAUGGCGGUGACCGUAGAUCUCCUAAGGAAAUCACUGGACCAUACAAGGAUGAUCCAGCCCCAACUUCCUUUGUUCCAGACUCAGCGUACCAUACCCUGGCUGCAGCUUUUGGUGGCAAAGGUUAUAAAGUUGGAACUCCUGAAGAACUCAAAUCGGCGCUCGCUGAGUCUUUCUCUGCUCGAAAACCAGCUGUUAUCAAUGUCAUAAUAGAUCCGUAUGCUGGUUCUGAGAGUGGGAGAUUGCAGCAUAAAAAUUAAGUAUAUUGGUUCGUGAAGUACUGCAACAUGAAAUGAUUCUGUUGCAUGAGCACUAAAAAGAUUAAAGUGUCGGAUUUGCAUUCUAAGUUUGUUUUAAUGCUUUUAUGCUAAUCAAUGAAGAGAACAAUAGACGAACAAUGCCAGCUUCUAGUUGAGCUAAAUCUCUUCAGAUGGUAUCAAAUUGUGUAUUUUGUUUUUCGGCACUUGGAUUGGAUUUUUCCAUUGAUCACCCUCGACGAG